CCGUAUUAUGUAAUUUAGCGUCCGGGCCAUCGCUGGCCGUUUCGGGUUAUCAAUCGGUCGACUCUACAGGUGGUUUGAAUGGGACUCGCACCCCACGAAACUCAUGUUCUGAACACUACUUGCAGCUUCUACCCCAAAUGGAGGGAUGCCUCCCUUCUGUCAUUGUGUUGCAGGUCACUCCUUCCAUCAUCGAGCUCCUGCUACUUCGUUCCAUAGAGUGGAUGACGUCCAAGGGUGGAACAUAUCAUGCUGCGCUGGAACAAGUCGGUACCACUGUUUUGCGGUACUCCAUAAAUGACGAGAGGGUUUCACUUGCCAAGAACCUUGUGGAGGUGCUUCCCUGUGAACUUGCCUUGGACCAUCCACCAAUUUGAGGAACGAGCCACAUAAUACCUUCACUACAGGCAGUCCUUCACGAUCUGGGACAGUCUUGACUACGUCGUUGAGUGCUAGAGUUUAGAGGUGUCGACAAUCAACCGGGAUACCAGAGCUGCUUGGUUAAGCGACUACAAGGGACUUAUCAACUAGGCUUACGAUGCCGUUGUGAAACUACUCACCUUGGAUUGGAUGAUGCUGGACGAGACAGGAGAUCGCUGUUCCUAAUGCGAAGCGCGCAUUGGAGCUUGCCAACAUCAUUGCGGAUUCGAGGUACAAGCUGUAUGUGAUUUCUUGCAUCUCAAUGGUCGGAGGCUUGAUGCGGUGUGCCGGGCGACGAUAGCUGGGGUGGAUCGGAUCCUUUCAAGA